AAGACUUUUUAUGGAGCAAGGAGAUAUAAUGGGUACAAUCUCCGUACCGCUCAGUGGGGUCAACGAGACCGCCAUAUGCUCUUUGUACUCACUCACCCAGGGAAAUUUGUCGUAUAUGCUUGAAGGCGGCUCCGAGUACGUCCAUGUUGACCGGUUUGCUUUCCCCAUGUUCUAUAUCACCAACUGCACAAAUGACGUGAUACGACAGUAUUUGGACAAGGUUUUGGACGGCGAAGGCCCGCGAGUGUGGCCCAACAACAACGGCGAUAUGUUCAUCUCGUUGCUUUUCACGGUGUCUGGCACCUGCUGUGCCUGUUGGAUGCUUAGUGUUUUCCUUGUGCUCUCUCCCAGCCACAAGAGAAAACCGUGUUUGACCCAGCUUUCAACUGUGUUCUACACCAUCGUGUUAACGUAUCUUCUCGCGAAGAUCACCGACAAGGCCCGACAGAGCUACUAUAAUGACUUGAUGGAUGUGAUAGACAUUCAUGACGUUUUCUUUGAUAACUUGGUUUACAGAGUGACGGUUGUAUUAUCCGAGUUGUUGAUCUCCAUGUCGUUUCUCCAGGUGAUCUACAAGGUGUCGUACAAGAAGACGCGUCCAUAUGUCAUGGUUGGCUCGCUCGUGGUGGUAAUAGCGUACCUUGUUGCUGGAUGUAUCUGUGAGGCCGUCAGUAGACUGUCAUCAAGCGAACAGGUUUUUAACAACCAGAAGUCCAACUACUUUUUGUGGCACCAGAUCCGUAAUUCAAUCAACCUUGUGUUCUUGCUGUGGGUAUGGCUCAUGAUGAUCUUCUAUACGUUUGUGAUCAAGAAUCCUCGCAAAUACACCCACUGUAAGCGGCUUUUACCAUUGGCGUGUUUUGUCUGGGUUCUUUUUGGGCUUCAUCUCGCCGGGUGCAUUCUCUUGGUGGCCAUUUACCCAACCAAAUGGCACAAUCAGAGUUGGCUCUCAGUGCUUCGAAGCUUGACCGAAAUUGGCAUUCUCUCGCUUGUGUGGGAAUGGAUCUACAAUAUCAAGAGUAUGGAAAGACGCGACGAGCUCAUGGGUGUAUUGGGAAGAAGACUCAGUGUGGAUGAUGUGACCAUUUUUCAUGCCCACCCAGAGUCCAGGCCCACGGGUAAUAAGGUCUGGAACUGGUUACGGGAUAAGCUUCCCUUCUAUGGUGCUGUACGGGUUUAUGUCGAGAGCGAGAACGACCUGAAACUCUCACCCAGUUCGACGAGAACCCGUGGCACCAGUGACCAAGCAGCUUCCGACAAUAAUGACAAUCACACUCACGAACAUAAUGAGUACAAUGAGUAUAAUGAGAAUGAGAAUAAUGAGAAUGAGAAUAAUGAGAAUGAGAACAAUGAUAAUGAGAAUAACGAGAUACACAAUAACGAAACCAACGACCACACCGAUAUACAAUCUAACUGGAACCCUACCAACACCAACUGUCCUCCGGGCACUCUUCUCAUCCAGUUUUCCCAGAAACCUCCAGAUGUCCAUGAACAAGGAGGAUUCUCGGCCAGCGUUGGAGAAAUAUGGCCAGGACUUGACCCAGCUUGCUAAGGAUGGUAAGUUGGACCCGGUUAUUGGUCGUGAUGAAGAAAUCAGGAGAACCAUCCAGAUUCUUUCCAGGAGAACCAAAAACAACCCAGUAUUGAUUGGAAAUGCCGGGACCGGGAAGACUGCCAUCAUGGAAGGAUUAGCACAAAGAAUAUUAAAGGGUGAAGUUCCCGAAAGUAUGAAAGACAAGCAGAUCAUCACCCUCGACUUGGCUGCAAUUAUCUCAGGUGCUAAAUUCAGAGGAGACUUUGAAGAGAAACUUAAGCUGAUUUUGACCGAGGUGGAACAGAAACAGGGCAAGGUGAUUUUGUUUAUUGACGAGUUGCAUCUUUUGAUGGGGUUGGGUAAGGCUGAAGGUUCUAUCGAUGCUUCGAACUUGUUGAAGCCGGCUUUGGCCAGAGGAAAGUUGUCUCUUUGUGGAGCUACCACCAUUGAAGAAUACCGCAAGUAUGUGGAAAAGGAUGCAGCUUUGGCUAGACGGUUUUCACCCGUAAUGGUGAACGAACCAACGGUUCAGGACACAAUUUCGAUCUUGAGAGGGUUGAAAGAGCGCUAUGAAGUCCACCAUGGGGUCCGUAUUACUGAUGGUGCCUUGGUGACGGCUGCCUUACACUCGAAUCGUUACAUUACCGACAGGUUUUUGCCCGAUAAGGCCAUUGACUUGGUGGAUGAAGCUUGUUCGACUUUAAGAUUGCAACAUGAAUCUCGUCCGGAUGCUAUCACCAAUUUAGACCGUCAAAUCAUGACCAUUCAAAUCGAGUUGGAGUCCUUGAGGAAGGAAGAAGACCAGCUAUCUAUUGACCGUCGCAAGAAGUUGGAAGAUGAUCUUCAUGUUAAGGAAGCUGAACUUAAGGAGAUCACUGACCAGUGGGAAGCUGAAAGAAAUCUGAUUGCAGAGGUGAAAAAUGCCCAAACUGCUUUAGAACAGGCCAGAUUUGACUUGGAGCAAACUCAAAGAGAAGGCAACUAUGCCAAAGCUUCCGAAUUACAGUAUGCUAAGAUCCCUGAAUUGGAAAAGAAGUUGAAGGAGUUAACUGCAAAGGAUGGUGCAGCUCCUCAGGCCAACUUGUUGCAUGAUUCGGUUACUUCUGAUGAUAUUUCCUAUGUGAUUUCCAAAAUGACAGGUAUUCCUGUGACCAAUUUAAUGAAAGGUGAAAGAGAUAAAUUGUUGGAUAUGGAAGUAUACUUGAGACAAAGGGUUAUUGGACAAGAUGAGGCUAUCCAAGCAAUUGCUGACUCUGUAAGAUUACAGAGAGCUGGUUUGACUAGUGACAAGAGACCUAUUGCUUCGUUUAUGUUUUUGGGUCCAACUGGUACCGGUAAGACUGAGUUAACCAAAACCGUAGCUGAGUUCUUGUUCAACGACAAAAACUCGGUUAUCAGAUUUGAUAUGUCUGAAUUCCAAGAAAAACACACAGUAUCCAGAUUGAUCGGAUCACCUCCUGGUUAUGUUGGAUAUGAAGAAAGUGGUGAAUUGACUGAGGCCGUGAGAAGGAAACCAUAUGCAGUGGUUUUAUUCGACGAAUUCGAAAAAGCUCACCCAGAUGUGUCUAAGUUGUUGUUGCAAGUUCUUGACGAAGGUUCUUUGACAGACUCGCAUGGUAAGCACAUUGAUUUCCGUAACACUAUAAUUGUCAUGACAUCCAAUAUCGGACAAGAAAUCUUACUUAGUGAUAAGAAUACUUCUGAAGAUGGCAAGAUCGAGGAAACAGUCAAGCAGCAGAUUACUGACAAUUUAAGACUUCACUAUCCUCCUGAAUUUCUUAACCGUUUGGAUGAAGUAUUAAUCUUCAACAGGUUGUCGAAAAAAUCUUUGAGGAAUAUCUUGGACAUUCGUCUUGGAGAAAUCAGAGACAGGUUAAUCGACAAGAGAAUGUUUUUAGACGUAUCGGACGAAGCCAAAGACCUUUUGGCUCAGUUGGGAUAUGAUCCUGUUUAUGGAGCCAGGCCUCUUAAUAGAGUUCUUCAAAAGCAAGUGUUAAAUCCCCUCUCCAUGCUUAUGAUCAAAGGACAAGUCAAAGAUGGUGAAACCAUCCAAGUUGACAUCAAAGACAACAAAAUUUAUGUUAAUCCCAACCAUGACCCAGAGGUUGAUUAACCAUGUAAAUACUAAAUAGGACAAUUUGUAUAUAUUUUAACAGUUCUAAUUUGCCUAAGAUUUCAAUGGGUUUAACUUUUAACAAUCACAAAACUCUUCCAACCGUUCCUCCCUCGACAAUUCUUUGUUGUUCCGGGUCGACUUUCUUCAACGAUUUUCCAAGCUGGAUCUCACCAAGCAAAGCAGUGAUACUUGCUGGUGGAGGAGGAAGAGACGCAGAUCCAUUGGCAGAUCCGUUGGAGUCACUUGGAGGUGCUGGUGGAGCUGGAGGUACCGGUGGAGCUGGAGGUGCCGGUGGAGCUGGAGGUGCCGGUGGUGCUGGAGGUGCUGAUGGAGGAGCUUGUGAAGGAAUUGGCGGUGCCACUGGUGGUGGGAAUAGGUGGGGCCGGAGUUGGUGGCACCUCUGUUGGAAUAGGAGGUGCUUGAAGAGACUCCGUAGGGACCGGGGGGAUAUCCAUUGGAAUAGGAGGAGC